GAGGGUUCUCUGGUGCAGGGAGAGCCACACGGUUGCCAUGUCGCCGUCCUCCUUGCGUCCACGCAAGCAGCCAGGCGACUCCAAGCGCUCUCUCAGCCACGCCUCCUCCUCUCCUCGCCCCGCCCCGCCCCGCCCCCACCGCGAUAAGCAGAGAGGCCGCGGGGAAAGAAUCCUUCCUGAUCGGUAGAAUCUCGGACGGGGAGGGGCCAUGGGGAUACUACUGGUUUCCGGGAGAUUCUUGGCUCGACGGCCUGCCCUCGCGCUCGCCCCUCGCUGCUCCCGAGGCUCCCCGGACAAGCGCGGCAGGGACGAAGUUAUGCCUGAUUUCUCUGAUCAAGUCAUUUAUGCUUCAUCAUCAGUCUUUGCCACGGCACAGCUUUCCUUCACCGUACUAGGUGACUCAUCGUCAACCGACUGGGAUAAGGCUUGGUCUACCUUUAAGAAGAAAGGGAAGAAGACCCUAUUCUCGGAGUUCUCACCGAACAAAUAUGUGACCUGGAACCCACGGCGCAGUGAGUAUCCAUUGUCAGAAGAAGUCGAUCCAAUCAAAAGAGCUGAGAGGUCUAACUUGAUGUUGUGGACAAGCCCAAGGUUUACCUUGGUAGGGGCUAUUAUCAUCAUUUCGGCAUUGCUAAUCUAUACAUUGGUUGUCCCACCCAAGUAACUGCUGAAGUGACAGAUAACAGGUGAGCUGUAGGCCGAAGAUUCUACUUGGAAGUCUGUAUUGUACAUUUAGUUUGUACUAUACCAAGUAUAUCAUGGUUCUGUAUUGCUUCAAGCACAUUCUAAUAGAUCAUAAUAGAGUACUCCUUCAUUUUGGUGAUUUUCUUCACUUGUACAUCAAUUGGAUCCUCUUUUAUCUUCCAUUAUAACCAAGAAAUACUGGGUCACCUAGAAUAAUAUGCUGAUCAGCAUCCAUGAUUAUGCUCCCGAUGUGAAUUUUUCAUAGUCCUCACUUCCUAGUAACUUCAGGUCAUCAGGUGUGACCAACGGAUCAUCUAAUGUUAGUUUAUUAGUUAGUGAUGGGUAGCUUGUAGUGUUGGUAAUGCUUGAGCAAGUGGACAUGUGCAAAGCAUCUAGUAAUCUGAUGGAACCCAAGAGAAGCACGUUUUCAUUGCGCCAAAUUCAAGUCAAAAGGCCAGUUCACUAGCUUCAUAUAGUAAUAAGCACCAGAUAAGCAGGAAUCUUGCUCAGAUGUAAAGCAAUUCAACUUACCUUAUUUCCUAUAUAUCCCCUAAAUAAUUAGGCUUUGCCGCUUACAUUGGAGGCAUCAAAACAGAGUGGUGUCUACAUCUUGUAGUUAGACUCUUAGACGGAAUUCGGCAUAAAAAAUAAACAUGAUGAGGACCAUCUCAUCUUGUCGUUUAAGACCCGGUCGUCAGAUCUGUAUCCAGCAUCUUGGAACAGGUCAGACAAAGGCAUUUCCAUCUUUCCCUCUGAAAAUUGGACUUCUCAUCCUUUAAACAUUGAGUGAGGCCAAGGUCUUGCUCUCCUGUGGAUUGUGGCGAUGCUAGUCUACAAUUAACACUGAGAAAUUAGCAUUCCCCAAGACAGUCAAUUAAAUUUCCAGAGCUUCUACAGUUUGGUUUUGUGUAGAUAUAAAUGAAUUUUCGAGAAUGAAAAUAUUCAGAUAUGCUGCUUACAUUUCAAAAAAGCAAGAGGAGUAACUGAUUGCUAAUUACUGAAGUAGUUAUGUUUUCCUGCUUCUCUUAUCUCUCGUUAUUACUUUUGUUACCGUGCAUUGCCUUAAAGAUUCCAGACACUUCUGAAAUGUGAAGAGAAAAUUUGUCCAUCCCGAGAGAGCGAAGACUUUUUCCCCAAUGCGAACAGAAUAUAUAGGUUGGUCAGUGUGGAAUUCAAGUCAACUUCUCCCCGGGCGUACAAAAUAGUUUUUCCUUGUAACAUCUCGUACAUCUGCCGCUGUAUUUUAGUUCGCUGCCAGUGCAUUAUUGUACAGCUUUUCCUGCAGGUUAUCAUAUUUUAUGCCCUGUGCUGUGUUUGGGCACUUGCAAUCUCCAUGGCCAACGGAGAGCCCGGCCUGAACGGUCCAUGCUGAAAGUUGUGAUCGAGAAAAUCUCUAUAUUUUCUUCUAGUGCCAUGGUCAUGGGUAGGUUAGUGCUUAAACUAUAUCCACUCAUCGUAGGCAGGCAGACAGUGGCGUAGUUUUCUAUAUCAUUCCAGCUGGAGUGUUGAACUUCAGAACCACCAUUUUUCAGACAGAAUCCUGCAGCGAGCCAACACAAAACACAUACAGUACUAUAUUUUUUUCUUUCUUUCUACCCAGGCUUGCUUGCUGGUGAGUUAUGUAUGUACUACCGGACUGGUGUGCUGGGCUGACUAGUAACAGUGGAUAAACACACCAGGCUGGCGCGUAUCUGAUUUAGAUCUUCAUCACCUCUGAAGGUAGCGUAUCCAGAAAGCUUUGCCCCAGGCAGGCAGUAGAGUCAGUACAGUGACAUCUCAAGGUUCAGACUCGAGCCAGGGCUGCUGAGGCGCAGACCCGAAAGUUUCCAGAAGACGGAGUUCGAACUGCUUGCACCCCAAGGAACCUUGGCCCUCACUCUUCCCAGUACAUUGGCUUGGCUAUAAAAGGGCGCGGCUCUGGCGGUCACUCCCCUCACAUCGCACACAAGCACAAGCCCACACGCCAACCUUCCUUCACACGCUCCUCUCGACCCUUCUUCCUGGCUUUCGGAGCAAGAAGGCGCCUGCAGCAGCGGCGGCCCGCAAUGGAGCGGCAGGGCGACUCGAGGCGGCCUCUGCCGAGGCGCGGGCAGGUGAAGGCGAGCAUAUUCGCGUGCCUCUUCCCGUGCCUCGCCCGCAACCGCAAGGCGGCCGGCGGCGAGCGGAAGGAGGGCAAGGCCAGGGCCAAGGAAGGCGGCAGCGGCGGCCGCCGCGUCGCGCCCGGUGGUUGAUCCGGUCCGGCCCGUGCCCGGGGAAGGAGGGAUGGAUCUGAUGAUCUCUGAAGAAAAGAAAGAAUCAAGAAUUGCUGCUGCAGGUCCGGUUCUUGUUCUUGAGCCGGAAGCCGUUCUGUUGGGACGCGGGAUGAGGGUGGACGAUUUGGUGGUCGGGUUCGCUGGUACGAUAGGGGGUGUUGGAGGGGAAUAACAUUUUCCUUUUUGCUGGCUGCAUGGAAUUCCGUUGUGAUUCCGCAGCAGCUUUUGGCCAACAUGUGGAGUCCGUAGUCUCGCAGUGAUUUGGAUCGUUUGUUGUGGGUGUAUGUAUGUGUUGUAUAUGCUACUGUACGUAAUUGCCAUUGAGUGAUGAACUUGUCAUGAA